UCAAAAACCACCGUCGCUCAUCCCCGUAACUCUUGACGGGACCGGUUGAGUUCUCGGAGAGCCGCUACGAGCGUCUUUUAUCCUGUCUUGUCGAGCCGAGCUGACUCCCCCUGCCUCCUCCUCCGCUCGCUGAAUUGUAUAAAGAACAAAAAUCGGGCUGGGGAGGGGGUUGAUACGCCGAAGCUGAAAUCGAGAGGCGAACCCAGGAAAGAGGAGUAUUUUGUACACGGGACUUUCCCCCCCUUCGUCCCUAAAAAGGAGGGGGAAAAGUCAAAAUUUUAAAGGCGAUAUUUUUUAAAUCGAUGAUUACGAAUAUGCUUAUGCGCCUAUCUCCGAGGAUAUAUAUUUUAAUUCGUUAAAAAAUAUGGCCGAGAACGUUCUGGACUCUGGCCCGCCUUCAGCCAAGAGGCCUAAACUCUCCUCCCCGGCACUCUCCGCCUCAGCCAGCGAUGGAAACGAUUUUGGCUCUCUUUUUGACCUGGAGCAUGACCUUCCAGAUGAGCUGAUCAGUUCCUCAGAGCUGAGUCUUGCAAAUGGAGGGGACCUCAGCCAGUUGCACACCAGUUUGAGUAGUGGGGGCGGAGUCAUUGGAGGAGCUGUGUCCAGUGGUCAGGAUGCAGCAGCCAAGCACAAGCAGCUUUCUGAACUCCUCCGGCAUGGAUCCACACCUGGAGCGCAGCAGCAGGGUGCGAUGGGUAACCCAUCAGGAGCCUCAAUGAGACUUUUUGGGAAUAUGAAGGCUUCUCCGGGUACCCAAGGCAUGGGCUCACAAGGACAGCAACAUCUUUCCAUGCAGGCUGGCCUCAUGCAGCAGCAGCAGAUGGUGGACUAUCUUAACAGGAAUAUGCUCGGACCGCAGAAAGGCAAUGGACAGCAGCAGCCAGGAGGGCCCGCACCUCAACACCAAAAUGCGCUGGCGGCUCAGAUGAUGAAUGGAUCGCCCAGAAUAGGACAUCACAACCCGGGCAUGGGUAACAGCAACAGUAACCUGUUGGCAGAGGCUCUUCAGCAGCAGCAGACAGUAGGAGGCCAGGGUGGACUGAGACCACAGCAGCCUGGAGCGAUAAACAAGAUGGGGAUGAAUGCAGGUUCAGGCCCCUAUGGAGGCCCGUAUGGUCAGUCUGCCAGUCAGGGUCUGGGUGUUGCAGGGCUGGCCCCUCAGCUCCCGAACAAACCAGGUCUGCCUAACAGUCCCGCACAGUUCAACCCUGACAAGAAGCCUCAGCCCAUGCAUGGCAUACCUGGGAUGCAGACUUCUCAGCCUUCCACAGCGGGUGCUGGUGGAGGUGGAGUUGCGGCCGGCAUGGUGCCUAAUGCCCAAGGAGCUCUCGGCCCUGGAUCAGCAGCCUCCGUUGUGUCUGCAGCAGCAGUGGGAGGUGUUCCUCCAGCGGCAGAUCCAGAGAAGCGCAAACUUAUACAGCAACAGCUGGUGCUUUUGCUCCACGCCCACAAGUGCCAGCGAAGGGAACAGGCUAAUGGGGAAGUACGGCAGUGUAAUUUACCCCAUUGCCGCACCAUGAAAAACGUCCUCAACCACAUGACGCACUGCCAGGCUGGCAAAUCCUGCCAAGUGGCGCACUGUGCCUCAUCCAGACAGAUAAUCUCUCACUGGAAGAACUGCACACGGCAUGACUGCCCUGUGUGUCUGCCUUUGAAAAAUGCAGGAGACAAGAGGAAUCAGCAGACCAUGAUAGCCACUGGAGGUGUGGGGUUAAGUUCUUCUUUGGGCAACGUAACUGGUGGUUCACCCAGUGCCCCCAGUCUUAAUACUCCAGGGCAGAUAGACCCCAGCUCCAUCGAGAGGGCUUAUGCUGCCUUGGGUCUGACAUACCAGGGUAACCAGGCUCCCCCUCAGCCUGUACAACAAACACAGCGGCCGGUGAACACCAUGGGAGCGAAUUCCAUGGGAGUGAACGGGGCAGUUGGUGGCCAGUCUCAGAAUCAGCAAUCUAGCCUUCUCCAGGAUACAAUGCUGCAUCUGAACAUGAAUUCGCAAAGUCUGAUGAAUGACAGUGGCGUGGGGUCUCUGCCUGUGGCCAACCCAGCUGCCAGCGGCAGCAUGAGGAAGAGCUGGCAUGAGGACAUCACCCAGGAUCUGCGCAACCACCUGGUACACAAACUAGUCCAGGCUAUUUUUCCCACACCAGACCCUGCUGCACUGAAGGACCGUCGGAUGGAGAAUCUAGUGGCCUAUGCACGUAAAGUUGAGGGGGACAUGUAUGAGUCUGCUAACAGCAGGGCGGAGUAUUAUCACUUUCUGGCAGAGAAGAUCUAUAAGAUUCAGAAGGAACUGGAAGAGAAGCGAAGGACGCGGUUACAGAAGCAGGGUAUAAUGCCCUCCCAGCCUGGCCUGAACCCCUCUGGCCUGCAGCAAGGGGCCGCUGGGAUUGGGCAGCCUGGGCCACCCACAGGACUGCCUUCUAAUGGCCCGCUAUCAGAUCCAUCAGUAGUGCGUCCAACUGGUCCAAACCAGAUGAUGAACAGAAUGCAGAAUACUGCUGGCAUGAAUUCAUUUGGGAAUCAUAUGGGAAUGCAGUCCAUGGGCCAGAGAUCAACACCACCUCUUAACCAGGGAACCAUGGUGCCUGGGAGGAUGCCACAGCCGAAUGUUGCACAGAUGCAAAAUCAGUACAUGCAAACUGGACCGUUUCAAGCUUCAAGUCCUGUUCUUGGUGCUGGUUCUGUUGACCUGGCACACGGAGGAAACGAUGGCGCUGUCACUCAACAGGGCCAAAUACCUUUAUCCUCUUUACCAGUCGGGAGUCCUUUAGCCCAACCUGGGUCUUCUGGCGGGGCAGGCAGCGGGUCAUCUGUGGGCUCCUUGGGUCCCAGCAGCAUGAGUGCUGUUCCUCCAUCAUCCACCCCCACCCAGUCCAUCAGCCUCAGCCACUGCCCACCUGUACACCAGAAUUCACCUUCGCCAGCACAUAGCCGGACGCCCACACCCACGCCAGGCUCCCAGACGCCUCAGCCCCACACACCCAGCCUACCCCAUUUAUCCUCAAAUGGCAGUCAGCAGCAGUUUCCUCCGUCCGCCAGCUCUGACAGCGGCAUGCAGCCAUUAGGAACUCCUCCAGCGGUGUCCCACAGUGGUCUCUCAACACCAAAUGCCAGCCAGCAUCCCCGCACUCCAUUGUCUCAUAAAGGUUCUCUACCAGUUGAUGGCCAGGCUGCUACUCCUGCCUCCGUCAGCAGUGUAGAGGCAUCAUUUCAGCAAGCUCCUUCAGACUCCACAGCCACCCUGGAGCCAAAGGUGGAGGUCAAGGUGAAAGAGGAUGAUGAGGAUGAAGAAACCAUGGGGGAAGAAAGAACUGCUAAGGAGGAAGACGAUAAAACUGAGGAAAAGCCUGAGGUAAAGAAAGUGGAGCCAUUGAGUGAUGGUGGGCCAAUGGAAACUGCAGCUGGAGAGGACAAAAAACCUGAGAUAAAGACUGAGCCUAAAGAAGAGGAAGAGGUUUCAGGGUCUGCAGCUAGCCAGAGUUCUGUUUCUGGAGCCACUAACAAAAAGAAAAUUUUCAAACCAGAGGAGCUGAGGCAGGCUCUGAUGCCUACACUGGAGUCCCUUUACCGCCAGGACCCUGAGUCUCUGCCCUUUCGCCAGCCUGUAGACCCUUCACUGUUGGGAAUACCAGACUAUUUUGACAUUGUGAAAAAUCCAAUGGACUUGUCUACUAUCAAACGAAAGCUUGACACAGGCCAGUACCAGGAGCCAUGGCAGUAUGUAGAUGACAUCUGGCUUAUGUUCAACAAUGCCUGGCUGUACAAUCGUAAGACAUCACGCGUCUACAAGUACUGCUCCAAACUGGCGGAGGUCUUUGAGCAGGAAAUUGACCCAGUCAUGCAGAGCCUUGGCUACUGUUGUGGGAGAAAGCUUGAAUUUUCUCCCCAAACACUGUGCUGCUAUGGAAAGCAGCUCUGCACUAUACCACGAGAUGCUGCUUACUUUAGUUAUCAGAACAGGUACCACUUCUGCGAAAAGUGUUUCAAUGAGAUCCAGGGUGAAACAGUGUCCUUGGGAGAUGAUCCAUCCCAACCUCAAACAGCUACAAUUUUCCUGAAUAUUUCUAGAUCAAUCAACAAAGAUCAGUUUGAAAAGAAGAAAAAUGACACGCUUGACCCUGAGCUAUUUGUGGAAUGUAUGGAUUGUGGUCGUAAGAUGCAUCAGAUCUGUGUUUUGCACAAUGAAACUAUAUGGCCAGCAGGCUUUGUGUGUGAUGGUUGUCUGAAGAAGUCCAACAAGACCCGCAAAGAGAAUAAAUAUGCUGCUAAAAGGCUUCCACAGACCAAACUAGGCAAUUUCUUGGAAACGCGGGUAAAUGCCUAUCUAAAGCGACAAAAUCAUCCAGAAUCUGGUGAAGUCACCGUUCGUGUUGUUCAUGUCUCAGAAAAAAUGGUGGAAGUCAAACCAGGCAUGAAGUCUAGGUUUGUGGAUAGCGGAGAAAUGUCAGAGUCCUUCCCAUACAAAUCGAAAGCUUUAUUUGCGUUUGAGGAGAUUGAUGGUGUUGAUGUCUGCUUCUUUGGGAUGCAUGUGCAAGAGUAUGGCUCAGAUUGUCCACCACCUAAUCAAAGACGGGUUUACAUAUCUUAUCUGGACAGUGUCCACUUUUUUCAACCACGCUUUUUAAGAACAGACGUGUACCAUGAAAUCCUUAUAGGAUAUCUGGAUUAUGCCAAAAGACAAGGGUUUACCACAGGACACAUCUGGGCCUGCCCUCCUAGCGAAGGAGAUGAUUACAUCUUCCAUUGUCAUCCUGCAGACCAGAAGAUCCCCAAGCCCAAGCGACUGCAAGAGUGGUAUAAGAAGAUGCUGGACAAAGCUGUCGCAGAGCGUGUUGUGCAUGAUUACAAGGACAUCUUCAAACAGGCAACAGAAGAUCGUCUCACUAGCGCCAAAGAACUGCCCUAUUUUGAGGGUGAUUUCUGGCCUAAUGUUCUUGAAGAAAGCAUCAAAGAAUUGGAGCAAGAAGAAGAGGAAAGAAAGAGGGAGGAAAACAGCACAUCCAAUGAGAGUGUUGAGACAACAAAAGGUGACAGCAAAAAUGCCAAGAAAAAGAACAACAAGAAGACGAGCAAGAACAAGAGCAGUUUAAGCCGAGGAAACAAAAAGAAGCCUGGAAUGCCAAAUGUGUCUAAUGACCUUUCACAGAAGCUCUAUGCCACAAUGGAAAAGCACAAAGAGGUGUUCUUUGUUAUCCGGCUAUUUGCAGCACCCAAUUCUAAUGCCCUUCUGCCCAUCGUUGACCUGGAUCCCUUGAUGGCCUGUGAUUUGAUGGAUGGUCGUGAUGCCUUCCUAACAAUUGCACGGGACAAGCACUUGGAGUUUUCCUCAUUGCGGCGUUCCAAAUGGAGCACUAUGUGCAUGCUGGUAGAACUGCACAACCAAAGCCAGGACCGCUUUGUCUAUACCUGUAAUGAGUGCAAACACCAUGUUGAAACUCGUUUUCAUUGCACUGUGUGUGAGGACUAUGAUCUCUGCAUCACUUGCUACAAUACAAAAGGUCAUGAGCACAAGAUGGACAAACUGGGCUUGGGGUUGGACGACGAAAGCAGCAGUCAGGCUGCUUCCACAACGCAGAAUCCCGGAGACUCAAGGCGUCUCAGCAUUCAGCGGUGCAUCCAGUCUCUGGUGCAUGCCUGCCAGUGUCGCAAUGCCAACUGCUCACUUCCAUCUUGCCAAAAAAUGAAACGUGUAGUUCAGCACACCAAAGGCUGCAAACGCAAGACCAAUGGUGGUUGUCCUAUCUGCAAGCAGCUCAUUGCACUUUGUUGUUACCAUGCAAAACACUGCCAAGAGAACAAAUGUCCUGUGCCGUUCUGCCUCAACAUCAAGCAGAAACUGCGACAACAGCAACUCCAGCACAGGCUACAGCAGGCGCAGAUGGUGCGUAGAAGAAUGGCCAGUAUGCAAAGAACAGGCCAACAGCUUCCAGGAGGUGGUUGUGGUCUGCCAUCUCCUGGGAAUGGUUGUACUACUGGUCCGAGCACUCCAACACCGAGCACUCAGCCACCUACCCCUCAGACGCCCACUCAGCAAUGUCAGCCUCCAGCAACUCAACCUGGUGUUGGUCCAUCACAGCAGCAACAGCAGUUGGCAGGGAUGUCCCAUCAGUUCCAGCCAAUGUCUGGAAGUGGUGGGAUGAUUAACUCCCCACAACAGCAAAUGUUACCACAGCAGCAGCAACAGCCAACAUCAGCUCAGCAUCUCCAGCAUGCCAACAACCUUCCUCCAUAUGUGCAAAGGCCUGCAGGCUCAUCUCCACUUCCUCAGUCAAUGGGAAAGCCAGGCAUGGUGCCAGGUGGCUUCCCUCAACAGCAGCAAUCAAACCUAGGGCAGCCUGUGAUGCCACAACAUCAGCCACCUGGCCCCCCACCUGCAGCUGUAGAAAUUGCCAUGAAAAUUCAGCGAGUCGCUGAGACGCAACGACAGAUGGCUCAGCAAAAGAUCCUGCAAAGAAACCAGGCUCCUGGCAUGGUGCCUCCCCAUGGCUUACAUCAGGGUCCGCAAACUCAAAACCAGAUGGGCAUGAACCUUCCUGGCACUACAAUGGUUGGGCCUCAGGGUAUGCCAUCUCAGGCACAAGCAGCAGUGGCUCGAACUCACAUGGAUCAACAGCAGGGAAUGGUCACAGCAGGCAUGCAACAACAGCAGCCAGGACCUCAGUCUCAGCUUCCCCAAGUCCAGUUGCAGCAGGGCCAUCAAGGAGCACCUCAACUUCAGGUGCCACCACAGCAGCAGUGGACUGGUCCUGGCAUGCCUCCGCAGCAGAGACCUGGGGUAAUGAACCAAAUGGGUCUGCAUGGAAUGGCUGCACCACCACAACAGCAGCAGCAGCAGCAAGCAGUUGGUCAACCGCAACCACAAGGGAGCUCUGGUGUAAUCGGUAUGAUAAGUGGCCAAGGAGGGGCUGCACCUGCAGGCGCUGGUCCUGGAAAUCACUCUCAGGCUGCCAUACAAGACCUUCUAAAGUUCUUAAGAUUACCCAGCUCUCCCCAUCAACAGCAGCAAGUCCUGAGUAUACUGCGUUCAAACCCUCUACUCAUGGCGACCUUUAUAAGGCAGCGGGCUCCUAGGUACCUUGGUCGAGGUGGUCCUGGAGCAGGAGGUGCAGGUGUUCCAGGUGGUCCUGGUGGAGGUCCAGGCAUCAUCGAUGGCCAGCAAAUGAAUGUAAAUCCUGGUGCAGCUCAGGGUGGUAUGCACAUGACACAAGGAACGACCAUGCAAAUGAAUCCACUUCAACAACAACAACAACAGCAGCAGCAGCAGCAGCAGCAACUUCAACAGCGUCCUAUGAUGAGUGGAAAUUUGCAGCAGCAACAGCAAAUGGCAGUAUUACAGCAGCAGCAGCAGCAACAAGGUGUUAUACCCAAUCAAGGCACCAACAUCUCUAACAUCCCUCCCCAGUUAAGGGAAAUGAUGAGACGUCAUUUACAGCAGCAACAGCAGCAGCAACAACAACAACAACAACAACAACAACAGCAGCAGCAUCAACAUAUGGGUAACCAUGCUCAGUUCCAGCAUCCUCAACCACCCCAGCAGCAGGGUUAUCUAGGCCAAUCUGGAAUUCCUUCACAGCAGCCUGGCCAAACUCACUCAGUUGGUCUCCAGCAACAACAGGGAGGUGCCCAGCCUGGAACCCAGCAAAACUACUCUGGGUCUGUGUCCCAUCAGCAGGUUGCAGCAGCUCUGCAACAGAGGCUACAGCAACAGCAACUUCAAAUGCAACAGCAGCAGCAGAGUGCUAUGGGAGGAUUCCAAGGUGCUGAUGGAGGACCUGGAGGUGGUGGUCCCCUCCAGCAGCAGAUGCAGUCAGCUCCUAUGGGCUCACAACCCCAAAUGUUUCAGCAAGCUUUACAGCAACGGCUCCUCCAACAGCAACAGUCACACCUCGGAGGAGGAUCUCCUGCUCAACACAAUCCCAUGAGUCCACAGCAGUCCCAGCAACAGAUGUCCCAGUCUCCCCAUUUACAGGGCCAGUUGCCCAAUUCUCUCGGCAACCAAGUUCGCUCACCCCAACCAUCACCUCGUCCCCAGUCCCAGCCACCAAACUCUAGUCCAUCUCCUCGCUUGCAGCCCCAGCCUUCACCCCAUCACAUCUCGCCCCAGACUGGCUCGCCCCACCCAGGUCACCUUCCUCAACACCAUAGUGGUAUGGCUGCUCCUCCACUACCACAACAACAAGCGCAGGCAUCCCAGCAGCAGUCACAGGCUAAUGCAAUGGACCCGGGCCCAUUCGGAGCAGACCAGAAUGUCAUGCUUUCGCAGUUAAGUGGGAUGGGAACCUUACAUGGGCAGGGAAAAAAUGACAUGCUGACGAAUAACCAAGAUAUGGGCUCGAACAUCAAUCACUCAUUGGAUUUGAUAUAAUGUUGUAGUGCUCAGAGAAGUGUCCUGGUUGUCAGGCUUUGGUCACAGAUUUAAAAAGGUUGUCAUCGAUAGUAUUACUAUUAUUAUUUAAUAUUUUUCUUAUGUAAUUGAAAAGAACUGAACUUCCUAUGGGAGAUACUACAUGUGCAAGUCGACAAAUUAAGUUAAAUGAAUGGUAAGUUAUUGCUGUUAAUAUAUAUAUAUAUAUAU